GCUGCUUGAAACUCCAGACAGGCUGUAUCAGUUUGUGCCGUUUCGUGAUUCUCCCUUUGCUUCGGCGGCAAUACACAUUACCAUAUGCAAAGAGCGGGCUGCCAGGUUCAACCAUAACCGUAGCGCUACUAUCCGCAUUUUCAUCCGCAACCACAGUUUGCCGUUAACGUUGUUCUGGUGUUCGUCGAUCACAUAGAAUUCACGGACAAAUUUCAUUAUAGUUCAAUAUGGCCCUGUCCGACUUCCAGACAAAGAAGCUCAUCUACUUGUACAGAACUUUUUUCGAUACUGACAACAAUGGUACCAUUGAGAAGGACGACUUUGACCUGCUUCUCAGCAAGAUCAGCAAACUCCGCGGCUGGUCAGCGGGUAGCAGCCAGUACGCGACCCUACAGCAGCGCCUAGACGGUAUUUGGAAUGAACUAAAGAAAGCCGAUGUGGAUGGUGAUGGGCAGAUUUCCGAAAAGGAAUGGCUGAAGCUGUGGUCAGAUGUCAUUUUCAACAAGUCCAACGGCCAGUGGAUUCAGUUGUAUCAGGAUUUCAUUUUUGACGCUCAGGAUACGAGCGGGGAUGGAAAUGUUGACGAAGGCGAAUUCAGUGCCUUAUUCACGUCGCUAGGUGUACCGGCGGAUCAAUGCUCCAACGCGUUCAAAACCGUGACUGCUGGUGGAUCGCCGGUUAUCACGAAGGACCUCUUCGUUAAGCGCUUCCAGGAGUUUAUUUCCUCUAGCGACGUGAGCGCGCCGGGAAAUUCUAUUUUUGGUUCGACUAAUUUUUAAAGCUAAUAAAUGCCUGAUUAGU